AUGGAGACGGUGGAGCAGCUCGUCUCCUUCAACCACAUCCAGGUCCAGCUGAGCGGGGGCGCGCCUUGGGGCUUCACGCUGAAAGGAGGGCUCGAGCACGGCGAGCCGCUCAUCAUCACCAAAAUCGAGGACGGAGGGAAGGCGGCUCAGUGUAAGAAGCUGAAGGUGGGCGACGAGCUCAUUAACAUAAAUGGCUCCGCCCUCUACGGCAGCAGGCAGGAAGCUCUCAUCCUGAUCAAGGGCUCGUACAGGAUCCUGAAGAUCACCGUCAGGAGGUAA